GUGUUUGCUUCUGUCUGCUCCACUACCACGUGUGUAUUACUGAAUCCAUGGCGGCAAUACCGACGGGUUUUUGAAGGAUGAAAAGAAAUAUCUUUCGCAAAGCUUCUCUGUGUCUCUCUCUCUCUGAGUCUAGAAUAGAAAAGAACGCUUUUGGGGCAGAGAAAUCCGGGUAAAUAUAGAAACAUACGGAUUCCUCUGCAACCCACCCUCCUUCCCAAAAAACAAGAACCAUACCAAUUGCUCGUUCUGACUCUUUAUCUGCAUUGUCUCUUUUUUUGGGCUCAUUGGCAUUUCUGUGGUUCGUCUUUUCGCAUCAUGGACGAUGUCGUUCGAGAAUCUUUUGAUUCUCCUCCAAGCGGUCAUGGUAGCUGUUUCAAUGCCGUCGCCGGAAAAACCCCAGAAAGUAAGGUCUUUCCGGCUGGAGAUAGAAAGGCAGUUCCUCGGCUUCUUGUUUCUGUCUCUGCUAAAGACCUAGCAUCUUUAGAUAUGGGGAAGGAAAAUGAAGAGUGGUUCUCUCCUAGAGGAGUCCUUGAAGAUUGCUUAAGGAGCAUAGAAACACGGACGGGUUCUUCAAAGGCCAGCACCUCUGGAGCUGAAAUUCAACCUAGGGCCACUUCUCAUUGGCAGGGAUUAUGCCGUUUAUUGAAAGCUAGAACCUUGAAGCGCUUUUACAGUUUUCCUUCUGUUAGUGUUCUUUCCAGAAGAAAAGGCAGACGUGUUAGAGAAAAUCAGCGCCAAAUAAUCAAUCCACCUGGAGAAUAUGAUUUCUGCUAUCUAAAACCAUCCUGGAGGAACUUUACACUUUCAGAACUCCAAAUUGCAACUAACAAUUUCAGCUCUGAGAAUUUGAUUGGUAAAGGUGGUUAUGCGGAAGUAUAUAAGGGGUGUUUGCAAAAUGGGCAGCUUAUAGCAAUUAAGCGACUGACACGAGGAACUUCAGAAGAAAGAACGGCAGCUUUUUUAUCUGAGCUUGGAAUCAUAGUUCAUGUAAACCAUCCUAAUACUGCUAAAUUGAUAGGAUAUGGAGUUGAAGGAGGAAUGCACCUUGUUCUUGAAUUGUCUCCACAUGGGAGCUUAUCAUCUCUACUUCAUGGUUCAGAAGAGAAAUUAGAAUGGGGGAUCAGGUAUAAGAUUGCUUUAGGGUCAGCUGAGGGUCUCCUGUAUCUUCAUGAGAUUUGUCAAAAGCGAAUCAUCCACAGGGAUAUCAAGGCUGCUAAUAUUUUGCUUACACAAGAUUUUGAGCCUCAGAUUUGUGAUUUUGGGCUCUCAAAGUGGUUACCCGGACAAUGGACUCACCGUACUGUAUCAAAAUUUGAAGGCACAUUUGGCUAUCUUGCUCCUGAAUACUUUAUGCAUGGCAUAGUAGAUGAGAAGACUGAUGUCUUUGCUUUUGGGGUGCUACUGUUAGAGCUCAUUACUGGGCGCCGAGCUUUGGAUAACUCGCAGCAAAGUCUAGUCAUGUGGGCAAAGCCUUUGAUCGAUAGGAAUGAUACAAUGGAGCUUGUUGAUCCUUCUCUUGCUAAUGACUACGACCCACUGCUGAUGAGUCAUGCAAUUUCGACAGCUUCUUUGUGCACCCAAAACUCUUCGCUUCUACGGCCUAGAAUGAGUCAGGUUGUACAACUUCUAAGAGGUGAUGAAGGCAUUUCGAAAAGCUCAAAACAAUGUCAAAGACCAUCCCAUCAAAGGACCUACUCAGAGGAGCUGCAUGAUGCUGAAGAAUACAACUCAACAAGGUAUCUGAAUGAUCUUACUCGACAUAAGCAGAUUGCUUUGGAGUUCUGAAAGCAUCGUUAACCAGUAUCUUCUUGAAAUUUUCUGGAGGGUUGAUAUAUGAAGUUCUCUUGGGGCUCUGGAAAUAGUACUUCUUCCUGAAUCUAUGAUGGAUUUCUCAUCCAAGAGUCUAAAAGUGGCAUGCCCAUAGAGGAAUUUGAGACCCAAACGUUUGUUUGGAUCAAGGAAUUGGAAGUCAAGAAAUUCCCAAUCCUAUUAUUGAAAUCUCAAGAUCAGGGGAUGAGGACCCUAUUCCAAUUCUUAUGUCCCUGAGGCCUCAACAGUUUAAGUGGAAUCAUUACUCUUUACUCA